AUGUCUACACAAAGUAUUUCAACACUAAUUCAGGCUUCACAAAUCAUAGCUAUAUAUGCAGGUUCAAGUAUAUUUAUUGUUGGUAUCAUUGGUGGCUUACUCAAUAUCAUUGUAUUUCUUAGUCUACGAACUUUUCGUGAAAAAUCCUCUGCAUUUUAUUUAACUGUUAUGUCAUUUGUAAAUAUUGGUAAUUUAAUGACAGGUCUACUUUCUCGAAUAUUUAUCAGUGGAUUUCAACUUGAUUGGACAUUAGUUUCACCUUUCUAUUGUAAAUUCAGAUGGUAUGGUCUUCAAGUUUUUGUUUUAACGUCUUUUACAUGUACAUGUUUGGCAGCAAUUGAUCAAUAUAUGUCUACCUCUGUUCGUCUUCAAUGGCGUCAAUGGAGUAAUAUCAAAACAGCUCAUGAAUUGACAAUAAUAUUUAUUAUUAUUUGGCUUCUUCAUGGAAUUCUAUAUUUAAUAUAUUUUGAUUUAGUUCCAUCGUCAACUACAGGUGGUAUUACCUGUAAUAGUGCUAAUAUUAUUUUUCGACAAUAUCAUAUCUAUGGUUAUAUUACUACCCUUGCAUGUAUUUUACCUCUUAUAGUUACUAGUGUUUUCGGACUUUUAGCUCGUCACAAUGUUAAAAAUUUAGCACAUCGAACAAUACCACUUGUACAACAUUAUUUAGACAAACAACUAACUAAGAUGGUUCUUAAUCAACUUCUCUACAAUGUUAUUUUUACUUUACCAUAUACUAUUUUGACAAUUCUUACACUUUUUAUGACUAAUGUAAAAGAUCCAGCUAUUACUGCAAGGUUAGACUUUGCAAAUGUUGUAACCAUUCUUUUUUAUUAUCUGAGCUUUGCAUUGCCCUUCUAUAUUUAUAUGUGUGCAUCUGUACGGUUUCGUCAACAACUAAAAUAUGUAUUACUGGAUGUGCAUUUCAAACGAUGGCGACGGCCAGGAAUUGCUAUAAAUCAAAUAGCACCAACUUCACGAGAAAAUCCAUAA